AUGGCUGCAUCAGUCGCCCACCCUGGCGAGCAUACGGCUCUGCCAGCAUACAAACAGGUCGACGAAACCAAGUAUGAUCUUGAUUGGGCAGACCUGGUCACAUUGGAUCUCUCCAAGUUCGACCAACCCGGAGGCAAAGAGGCCCUGGCGAAGCAACUAUUUGAUGCAAUCCAAAACAUUGGCUUCUUCUACAUUGUCAAUUUCGGUCUCUCUCAAGAAGAGGUCGACCGCCAGUUUGCGAUUGGCAAGUCUUUUUUCGAGCUGUCUACCGAAGAGAAGCUCAAGUACCGUGCCGACCUAGCCAACGGCGGCUACAAUGGCUACAAGCCUUUGGGUCUGCGUGAGAUCAAACCGGGGAUCUUUGACAACACAGAGAUUUACAACGUUCCCAAGUUCAUCCCAGAGCUUGAGCGGCCGCAGCCCGACAUUAUUAAUGCAAACAAGCCAGAGAUUGAGCGAUUCGCUCGUCACAUCCAUUCCAACAUUGCUCUCAAACUACUCACCCUCUUCGCCAUCAUCUUGGAGCUCCCAGAGGACCACUUCACCAAAUCUCACCGCUAUGAUGAAGCCGUCUCGGACUGUCACCUUCGCUACAUGAAGUAUCAUCCUCGAGAUGCCGACAUCAACGCCAAGCUUGAUAACGUCUGGGUCAAAGGCCACACUGACUAUGGAAGCCUAACACUUCUUUUUCGCCAACCCGUCGCGGCGUUGCAGGUCCGAACCCCAGACGGUAACUGGAAGUGGGUGAAGCCGUACGAUGGCAGUAUCACGGUGAACGUGGCCGAUGCUCUCCAGUUCUUGACGAAUGGUUUCCUUAAGAGUUCAGUCCAUCGUGUCGUGGCGCCACCACCCGACCAAGCUGGGAUCACCCGUCUUGGUGUUUUGUACUUUGUGAGACCAGAGAAUGAUCUCGAACUCAAACCAGUGGAAAGUCCUGUCUUGGAGAGAUUGGGUUAUAAGCCCGAUGAGAGUUCGCAGUUGGGAGCAGGCAUCACGGCAGGAGAAUGGGUCAAGGCGAGAGUUAAGGCUGGGGUGGAUAGAGGCGAGAAGGCGAGGAGUGAAGUAUCGGAGCAGGAGAUCAUCAAGGGAGUCAAAGCUAGAUAUUAUGAUUAG